AUGCGUUCCACACUUGUUUCCUUUGCUAUCGCCUCCCUGGCCACCGCCGCUGCCGCGCGGACUUCACGCCGCCACCCCGCCCACGUCCGCCGGCAGACCGGCCCCGUCGCUCCGGGGACCGCCUCAGACUGCACCUACUACGACACCGCCGUCGACAGGUCCUACAACUGCGACUUUUUCCAGAUCGAAUGGGGUCUCUCGGCUCCUGACUUCCUGGACUAUAACCCCAGCGUCGGCGCCGACUGCUCCGGCAUCGUCGUCGGAAACUCCUACUGGGUGGAGGUCAACUACGGUCUCCCCCGUCCAACAACAAGAGUCACGGCAACCUUGCCCGCGACCACCACCGCCGCCGUGCCCGUGACCACCACCGGGCCCUCCAAGCCCUCUCCCACGCAGGAGGGCCUCGCCGAGGACUGCACUGCCUUCUAUUUCGCCGUCAGCGGCGACACCUGCGACAAGAUCGUCUCCGCCUACGGCAGCACCUUCACCUUCGCCGACUUCUACAAGUGGAACCCGGCUGGCAUCGUCAACAAGUACGGUACCUUUGACCUGAACCAGUUCUACGGCUGGAACCCGGCAGUGGGCAACACAUGCUCAGGACUCUGGCUCGGUUACUACUACUGCAUUGCUGUCACGGACACCCUAACCACUACCAGCACGACCGCCGCCCCGGCCCCUCCCGCCGAAACCUGCAACCCAUCCGCGCCUACGCCCACGCAGCCGUCCGCUAUCUGCGGCUGCAAGAAAUGGCACCUGAUCGACAGCGACAACACAUGCGACGCCAUCACCAAGCAGUACGGCGUCACUCUUUCCGACUUCACCAGUUGGAACCCCAGUGUGGGAUCCACGUGUACCAGCCUAUGGCUUGGAUACUACGUAUGCGUAGCCAAGUGA